GUGUUAUCGAACAAGUGAAAACUCCUCUGAAAGUAUAAAGAAAGGUGAGAACUUACCUCGGUUUAUAGAAGUCUCCCAUUGUAAUGGCAUCAUUCACGUGUUUGAUCGUAGCAAAAGCACAUCAUCUAUUUUGUAUAACCCAACACUCAGAAAGUUUAAGUUACUUCGGGGACCCGCCUUUCCCUUGAAAAAGUUAUUGGGAUGUGGUUUUGGGUAUGAUGCCAAAUCUAAUGUUUACAAGUAUGUUAAGAUUUUUUAUAAUAAAGAUUGUGGGGACACCGUAGCUAUGGUGCACACUCUAGGAACUAAUUCUUCCAGCUGGAGAGUGAUUAAGUUUGAUGUAUUAGAAGAUAUAUUAAAUCACAAUGUCAAGGGAAUGUACUGUAAAGGUGCUUACUAUUGGCUUUAUCAAACAAGAAAUGAGGGUGUGAUUCUUUCUUUUGAUAUGUCUGCUGAGAUAUUUUGUAGAAUACCAAUUCCUUAUCACGAAGUCCAGCAAAAAUGUAAUUGUAAUAGAGAAAGAUUGAGAUUGGGAGAGUGGAACCAAUCGGUUGCCCUUUUCGUUGCCACUGAACUCAACUGGGACUCAAGUCUUUACGAGUUGUGGGUGUUGGUUGAUAGUGUUGAUAAAGGUUUUGCUAAUACCCAUUGGAUCAAGUGUCUCAUAACUGGGCCACUACAACCGCAGUAUUCGCCUUUUGAAUUUUGGAAGGAUGAUGAGCUUUUUUUGUUAGCUGAUAUGAAUGAAUUUGUAUCAUACAAUGUUUAUUCUCAACAAAUUAGGAAAGUUCAUUUUCGUGGAAAGGUGAUUGGCCACAAAUUUUCUACCCAAUGUUUGAAGACUCUAGUUUCAGUCUAGACAACAAACAUGUAUUUUUAUUUUCAUUCUUUGUUACUAUUAUUGUUUUGUGUUCGAGAAUGCUGUGUAUUAAGAAGAGAUGUAUGCUUACCUGGUUUCGUAGCAUUCGUAAUAUAAGUUAGUAUUUGAAGUGAGUCUCUAUCCAAAAAGUACAUCAAAUAUUUGUGGAGUGUUGUUGGUUGAUAAUUUUUGCUUAUGGUUGAUUUCCCUGUUGUGUCA